CAGAUCCUGAGUAUUACUUGCGAUAAUGCAUCCAAUAACGACGUGAUGAUUCGUGAAUUGAGUGGUAAAGUGCUGGAGUUCAGCGGAGCAACGACGCACAUGAGGUGCUUCCUCCACAUGGUCAACCUGGUAGCGAAAUUGUUGAUCCGCGAGUUCGAC